AUGGGGAUCAGUUUGAUCCCGAUCGUCACCAAAGCGUUGGCCUCGGCCAUAUUCCGACAUCUGACUUCUUUGAGAGAGAUCGGCGAACAGCAAGCCGGAUUCCGGCCUGGUCGUGGACGGAUCAAAUUUCUACGUUGCAGGAAAUUUCUAUUCUCUUUGAUUGAUCUCAUUCUCGUUUGCGUCGGCUCUCUCCGUUCAGCUGGGAGUCAGAAAACCGUGGAUGUCGAUGCACCCCGGUCCUCUGCCCCGUCAAUCGAGGCACGUUCUAUGUGUCUUACACAAUGCAAUCAACCCACCGGGUGGGAAUGUGAUUCGGAUCGGCGUUCUCCGUCACACCAUAUCUCCCCAAGUUUGAAAUCGAUCGUGCUCGUUGAGUUACGACAUACGUAUGAUGGGGAUUUGGCUCGACUGGCUUAUGUGCCAUUCUGUCGUCUGGCGGGCGGCUGCUACAUUGAUAAAAAUUUGUACAAUACCGAAUGGAUUCACAGUCUGAUUGGGCAUAAACCGAAUUUUGCUCAGGAUGCCCCCGUGAGUAGCAGUCUACCGUCUGCAAACUCUGCAUUUACACCACGUGUCAUGCGAAAUGCUGUAAAUAUUUGUGAUAACCACUCGAUGCUCGAUUUCAAUACGUCCUCUGCAGUUUCCAUGUCUUUCGAUGACAACGCCCGUGAGAAAUUGAACCUGGUAAGUCAUAAUCUAGGUCAUUUUUUCUUCAACCUCAUUUCGAGCUUCUACAUUACUAUAAGGUGA